CAUCAUUUCAUCCGCUCCGCAAAAUAAAGUUUCUCAACAGUUUCCAAACAUUAACUAAUCCACAAUGCUAGCAUUAUCUCCUAAUGUAUUUCCAGCCUUUGGAUGGCCUUUGGAGGAUCCCACAACCGUUGAUCAAGUCUCUUACUUCUCUAGAGAUCAGGCUCAGCCUACUACAACAUGUACUAGUACUAACACUCUUCUUUAUCAUCAGAAUCUUCAUCACUCCACAUCGUUCACAGCUUGUAAUAGUGGCGAUGAUCCUAAUAACAUAAGUAAUUACAAGAAGCUUAAUCAUAAUGCAAGUGAGCGUAAUCGUCGCAAGAAGAUGAACGCUCUCUAUUCUUCUCUCCGGUCUCUAAUUCCGUCCUCCGAUCCAAUGAAGAAACUAAGUAUACCAGCAACAAUUUCAAUGGUGCUGAAGCACAUACCAGAACUCCAACAACAAUUGCAGACAUUGGUCCGACGGAAGGAAGAAGUUUUACUACAAUUAUCAAAGCAGGAUCCUCAAAUUAUUAAUCCUCAACUAAACAAAAGAAAAAGCACUUCUCAAAACACUCUCUCAUUAGUCUCUGCUAAUCAACUCAGUGACAGAGAAAUUGUCUUGCAAAUUUCAACCCAUAAUAAUACAACUCGUUUGUCUGAAAUCUUGCUUCUUUUGGAGGACGAAGGCCUUGCUUUGAUUAAUUCUUCUUCCUUUCAAUCUUCUGAUGGCAGGGUCUUUUACAAUUUACAUUUUCAGGUGGAAGGAAGUUAUAGAAUGGAGUAUGAUGCUUUAAGUGAGAAGAUUGCAUCGUUAUAUGAGAAGAAGGAUGAAUUGUUUCGUGAAUUUCAUUAUGUUAGAUAACUUAAGUAGCUGUCGGUUAAGAAAAAUAUUCAGAGACAUUUCUUGUUUUAAUUAUCAAAUGUACUAGAGUUUUAUUUAUCAAAUGUAAAUUGUAUUUAUAGUUAAGAAUAAUAAUGAAAAAGUAUCUGAAUUUGUAUAA